AUGAAACAUCAAUUUGGAACAAAUCAAUCGAAAGUAAAUCGUUCAAAUCAAAAAAAUUGUACAGUUAAUGAUGAAGAGCAAUUUUCUAAUAAUGUUCUUGCUCGUAUUAAAAGUCUUGUAACAAAAUUAUCUCAACCAAUAACAUCUAUCGAACUUGGUGAAGAAAAUUCAUCGUUCAUUCAAUAUUUACGAUCGAAAAUGAUUGAUUUAAGUAAUACACAUAAUGGAUGUACCAAACAAUUAAUUGAAAGAAUGAAUAGCAUGCUUAAUAGUGGAACUAAAGAUUUUCCCGGUGAUUGGUCAUCUAUUCAAGAUAUCCGAGCUGGAUUAUCAGAUGCUAUACCAUUCCAUGUCAAGAAUCUCAUUACAUUUUCCCGUGAGAUGCCAGCUAUAAAUGAAAUUGAUUCUGAUGAUUUUCAUAAAAUGAUGAACAAUCGUUUAUUUGAUUUUUGGAUGAUAAAACAUGCACCAUUAUUACAAAAUAAUGAAUCUUAUAUUAUGUUACCUAAUGGUUUACAAUAUACUCGUAAAUGGAUGAAUAAAAUAAUUGGUGAAGACAUGGUUGAAAUAAUGUUUGAAUUUGCACAAAAAUUUAAUGCAUUAAAAUUAACACAAGAAGAAUAUGCAUUAAUAUUUCCCGUUGUUAUUUGUAUGAAAGAUGAAACACUUUAUGAUCAAGAAACAAUACGUCAUAUUUUAUAUUGUUAUUUAUAUACAUUAUAUACGCAAAUGUUAACAACACGUUCGCAAAGUGGAGCACGAACAGUAUUUCGUAGUUUAUUACAGAUUUUAACUCUUUUACCAAUAUUAAAUGAUUUACAAGAGAAAAAAAUCGAUUCUCUAACUCCAGAAAGUAAGUUUAUUAUUUAUUUAUGUAACUAAAUCUAUUUAUUUAUUUAUUUAUUUUAGUUAUGGAUUCGGAACUAUAAUGUAUCAGUAUAGACGAUUGUUUUCUUUUCUCAUUCGUUCAAGUUCUUUCAUAUAGCUCAAUGAUGUAGACUAACCUUUUUUUUGUUUGUUUUUUUUAUGUCUGUAUGUGUGAAUACGUAUUUAUGAAAAAAAAAGAAAUUAUCUGACAAAAAAAUUCUUUUUAUUUUUGAUAACAGAUGCAAGAUUUAAAAGCAAUAUCAUGAAAAUCUCUAAUACAAUUUUGUAAAUGAUAAUUUCAGUAUAAUAUUAAGCAAAAAAAAUUCUUUUUCAGUCUUGCGUAUAUCUAAAAUAUCAUCAUGACCCUACUGUAGAUAAACGCAUCUAUCAAGAUGAGACACUCGCUUGUACAUAAAAUAUACCAUAUGUAUCUGAUUAAUUCCCUAAAAAUAGUACGAUGUCAACACAAGAUAAAUGUUGAAAAAGUCAAAGUAACAACAUUAACAUAAUAUCUCUUUCGGUCAAGGUUAUAUGACACAAACGAAACCUAUGUGUAUAAUAAUGUGACUUAAAAUAGUAUUAUCAACUGUAGACUGUUACAAUAAAUAUUAAAUUAGAAGCGACUUUCAUUGUAUUACUUCUUAAAAGCUAAUAUGAUCCAUUAAAUAUUCUAUAAUACAUCUUGUAAGUGUGUAGUAGCCUUUUAUUGAAUAUAUCUGAGACAAUAUAGCU